ACGAGCUUAUUUGCUAGACAAUUUAAUUCAAACUGGUUGAACAAAUUUAGCUAACACUGCUAGUCGUUAUUAGCCUAGUUAGCAAUUAGCUGCCAGAUAUGAUUUUCUUAACAUGUGCUUAUGUGAUCGGAUCAACCUGACGGCGUGUUUGGUGGCUAGUCAGCGGUUUACCUGACGACUUCUGAAUGAAUGCUGUAACUUUGGUUCAGUUUUUAUUGUAAAAUAGUGAUGGAGAAAAUCACGAACAAAGCAAGCUCCAGCAGAAUGGUACUAUGCAUAAGGGAGUUGCCAAGUCAUGGAUAGAGCGCCACGAUGACACCUGAGACCCUCACAAGCUCUCAGCUGUCUGUCAAGGCGGCUGUCCUCCGCAUGGUUGACCUGCCGCUGUCCGUCUACAGCUCCCUGACACAGGUUAAUGUCAGCACAAGCACCAAGAGGCUGGUGGCUGCCACUGCCCUCGGGGCUGUCUCGCUCCUCUUCCUUGCACACCGCUUGCAACGGAAGAAGGGCAGAAAGAAGGCUCAGUCACCUCAGUGGGAGCAGACUGCCUUUGAAUUCUCUGCAGCCUUAGCAGAAACCGAUAACACCAGUCAAAACAUCACUGUCUCCCUCAACUCUGAGAACGGCUGCUCCUCUGGUCUGCUCCUCACUACAGGAGACCACAGGAAACUGCCCGGGUCCCUGCUGACCUCACUAAGACAGCAGGUAAAAAGCACGAACUCAUCCAGCAGCAGCUACUGCGCAGAUGACUCCACCUGCUGGGACAGGGCAGGGGACGCUGGCAUCUGCAAUGUGGUCAGCUCACCCAUCACCACACCUGAAAACCUGUACCUUAUGGGUAUGGAUUUAUUUGAGGAGGCGCUCCGGCGGUGGGAGCAGGCGCUGACAUUCAGGAGUCGGCAGGCUGACGAUGACGCCAGCUGUGCCUCUGUCCAAACAGGAGCUGGAGAUGCCAUUGCUGAGCAGAGCAAAGAGGACAUCAUCAGCGCCGAGUUCAUCCACAGGCUGAAGUCUCUGCUGCAGAAAGCUUACCGCCUCCAGGAGGAGCUCGAGGGGGUGUCGGGCAUGUCAGAGCUGUCAUCCCACAGCAACAGCCAGGAUAAAACGGCAGACAUUUUGGCCAGUGAGGAGAUGGACGACGCCUGUCUGAGAGACAGCAUCAGCAUCGCCUCCACGGACUCUUUUGUUUCUGCUGCUGAGCUGUCAGAGCACAGAGAGCUGAGAGCCAUCGCUGUGGGUCACCACCCUUUCUACGAGGAGGCACUGCAGAUGGCAGAGGAUGGCAAAAUCUCCUGCAGAGUGCUGCGGACUGAAAUGCUGGAGUGUCUUGGGGACUUAGAUUUCUUGGCCAAGCUGCACUGUGUGCGGCAAGCAUGUCAGCUCAUUUUGUGCGAGAGGACGACCAGGAUGUUUCUGGCUGACACUGGAAAGAAAAUACUGUCUUCCAUUAUAGUUAAAGCACAAAAGAGCCCAGAGAGAUUCGAGGAAGUCUUUGAAGAGAUGAUUUUUUUCUUGGAGCACACAGAUCACUGGGAAAACACAGAGGUGGAGCUGGCCACACGAGGGGUGAAGCACCUGAACUUCUACGACGUAGUGCUAGACUUCAUCCUGAUAGAUUCAUUUGAGGAUCUGGAGAAUCCGCCCAUCUCCAUCCAGAAUGUGAUCAACAACCGCUGGCUCAACAGCUCCUUCAAGGAAACGGCGGUGGCAUCAAGCUGUUGGUCAGUGCUGAAGCAGAAGAGACAGCAUAUGAAGGUGCCUGAUGGCUUCAUUUCCCAUUUCUACACCGUGUGUGAACAGAUCAGCCCUGUUCUGGCCUGGGGCUUCCUGGGGCCCAAAAGCACCCUGCAUGACUUCUGCUGCUUUUUCAAGGAUCAGGUGCUGUACUUCCUGAAGGACAUUUUUGACGUAGACAAGGUGCGCUACACCUCAGCAGACAGUCUGGCAGAGGAUAUGCUCCACCUGCUGCACCGGCGCUCUGAACUGCUGCUGGCCUACCUGGGAGCAGGCUCCCUGCGGCACCUCAAGAGCUGCAGUUCUCCCCAGGUCCAGCUGGUGGCCAGCAGCCUGCUGGAGGCACGAGUGCAGUGAGGUCAUCAAACACUACCCACACACAAAUCUCUGCAUUUACUUAGUUCAUGCCAACGGUCGGACCAAAUGAAACUCUGUAGUUGUGUGUGCAUCCUUCCAGGUUAAAGCUGACACCUAUUGAGUAAUACACACACUAUUUUCACAUAUCCCAUCAUACCCUGUGCUCUCAUUACCAAGGAGCCAUAUAAACGCUAUCAGCCGUUUUACCUUCA